GUCAGAUACAAUGUUUCACGUUAAACCACUUGGAUACCUAGCGAUUUUAAUGGGCGUACUGGUUGUCCUUACCGAAUCCUACAGUCAUACGACACUUUUUGCAACGCUGACACAGCAACUUAGCCACUGAAUUUUCAUGAAAAUGAUGAUCAAAGUGUUUUUGGGAGAACAUAGGCCGAUUCGAAUGGAAUCGUAUAUCUGCUUAGUACUAGGCUGUGGUUAUCUACGAGUAAAGGUAUAAGACCCUCCAUAUCUCUCGAAGAUACCCUCAAUGUUGUUCGUGAUAUUUUCUACAAUCAUCCCCUCACCAUAUAUAAACCGAUAUAACGACUUUCCACCUGUUAUCUGUUUCGAAAAACUUUGGUUUUGAUAUCAAACAUGGCCUUUCAUAGCACCGAGACGGUAUAUCCGAACGCCAGCGAGCCCACCCGCUGCAAUUCUCACGCAUACCAUGCCGAUAGAUCCUUCGUCGACGGUGACCUAUCCUGCGGAACGUCUUUGGCCAUCUACGGUGCAUCGGGCAGGCCUGACGCUAGUUGGAGAUGGAAAUGCUGUUCUUGCGUCAAGGGUGGAAAUCAGUCAUAUAUUUACAAUAAUUCGUGCAUUGAAUGUGGACACAUAAGGAGCGACUCUUGCUGCGAGACUUACAUCGCAAAGUAGGUUGUCAGCCAAUCAAGGGGUAGUACAGCAAUAUUAUCCAGAAGUUUCUGUAUAGCUUUCCCCAAGCACGACGCC